AAGUCGCGUCUAAACCUCUCUCUAUCCCUCACUCCGUAAACUGAACACUACCAAAACUGUUUUAUUUCGCUUCAGUCACUUUUCAUUUCAUCGUACAGUUUUGCCAUGAUGCUGGAAGUUCCCCCGCCGCUCCCUAGAUGGCAGAGUAUAUUGUUUCCAUUCACGAAGUGGGUCUGGACUGCUGUCCUCAUCUCCACGCUAUGUUCCACUGUGACCUACCACUUACUCACCUGCAAGCGCCAUCUGUCGCUCACCCGCAAUAGUCUUACAAUCUUUCAGAGUCUCUUGUCCUACCCCCUUGACCACGUGCCUGCACUGUGGCGCCUUCGAAACUUCCUUCUCUUCUGGUGGGUGGUGACCUGGUUUGUUAACACGAUCUACAGGAGUAACCUCAUUGCCGUUCUGACUGUUCCCGUGUUCCCUACGAAGAUCCAGACUGCAGAGGGCCUGGCCAACAGCAAAUACAGACUAUGCAUGCUAGACUACGGGGAAUUCGUGGACGAGGCUCUGGCAGAAUCGACCCACCCGGUCCUCUCUCGACUGUCCAAAGUCCUGGACAUGGUUCCUAUCAUAGACGACAUAGAGUACACGGGAGAGGAGCAGUGCAUCGAACUCGUCUUGGCUGGGACGCAUGCACACAUAGAGACAUACUCCUACGUCAAGAUCCUCUACAGCAUGCUAGGCCAUGGAGCUCAGGUCUACAGCCUUCGGGAGCAACUCUACCCGGGCCACUUGGCCUUCAUGGUCAAGAAGAACACACCUUGGAAGUACAAGUUUGAUACAGGGAUGCAGUGGAUGUUUGAGACAGGUCUGAUACAGAAAUGGCACAAGGAUGCUAUGGAUGAAUUCAGGGGAUACUUGGAAACGAAACCUGCACCAGAGCUGGUACCUUUGUCCCUCGCCCACCUUCAAGGGCCAUUCCUGAUUUACAUCCUUAGCAUCCUUCUCGCCAUCCUGGUGCUCCUGUGGGAAAUCCUAUACCAUCCAAGAAAGAAGAAAACUCUCUCCAAGAAAAGAGAAAUUUCAAAAUAUUGAGGCAAUUCUUUCCAAAGAGGUGAAGUCACUCUUCAUAAUGAGAUGUAUUUUGAACUUAUAUGUGAAUAUUGAUGGUAUAAUUAAUUAUUAUUAUUAUCAUCAUUAUUAUUCACUUUCCCAGGAGAAUGCAGAGGAAGCCUCCACAAAACAGAAUAAUAAUAAUAGCAACAGAAACUAUAACAUGGAUGUUCUGUGAUAUUCAAAUUCAGCUUUUUACCAAGACAGUUAACAAAACUAUCAAUAAUUUUGGUUUUAUUCACAAAAAAAUAAAACAUACUUGGAUUUUAGUCUUAGAUACAUAAUUGAAAUCAGUAAUUAUUAAGUCACAGACAUAAGAAAUUUUGAUAAUGAGCUGAGUUGCAUAAAGUUGGGAAAUACAAAGUUUAUUGUAUACUUAUUAUUGUAUGUCACUUCCAAAAUUCAUAAUAAAAGACC